AUGGAGCUGGAAGUGCUGAGCGUCCAAGGCGCUGGGCCGGAUCAGGUGGUCUCUAUCCGAGCUGGCAGCCAACGCAAGCAGGCCGCCGUCUCCUCCUUAGGACAGGGGACGCCCUUCCGUCUCACCGGCUCGCAUGGAGUGAACCCUUUCCGCAUCGACAUUCUGCAGCAGGUGGGCUCGGCACGCUUGGCCCUUCGACCAGGGGAAGGCACCUAUUCGAUUGACGUCAAGGGUGCUGGCACCGACGGUGGGAACGUCAACGUGGCCUUCGCUGUGCGAGAGAUGGGCAGAAGCAACCAGCCAAAGCCACAUCCAGCAUCCGAGGAGGAGGAUCGGCGCUUUUUCUCCCAGGCAGCAGCCGCCAAAGAGUACCUGGAGUCUCACGAACUUCUUCCCUUUGUGAGAGCUUUGUUGCAGACCGUGAUCCGGGACCGGCCCAAAGAUCCCUACAGCUUCAUCUCGGAUCAGUUCCGCCUGGCCUCCGUGGCCGGGCGGCCGCGUGGGGGCGAGAGCAAUGACACGACGGCCUUCACGGAACCAUUGCUGAAGAAGGCCAUCCCGGAGGUCAACCCACAGCCCAAGGAGGUGGCGCCAGUGGUGCCCACAGUGGAGCAUAAAGCGGUGUUUGCCCAACGAGACCCACCAGCUGAGGAGCGUGAUGUGGAGAGCUUGCGCUUGCAGGUCCGCGAUGCCCUGGGUCAGGCCGUCGAAGACGGGCAGUUGGAGGAGUUGAUGAAAGAGGCAGAGUCGCAGCCGUUUGCAGCGGCAAGCCUUGUGGUGAAGCGAAAGACUGCACCCAGGACGCCGGAGGCGAAGGUGGUGCAAGAAGCCUGGACUGGCACAUCAGCCCUGGAGGCUGCAUCGGAAGUGAAGGAGGGAGAAGCCCGCUUGGCAAAGGCGCGAGUGUCUGUGGACGAGCCGAUCUUGGAAGAGGAGCCCACGGGCCCCUUGGACGCCAUCAGUGUGGCCAGCUCACAGGAAGAGGACCUGAAACUGGCCAAGGCGAAAACCACUGGGCUGCACACCAUGUCGGGCAAGGAGCCGAAGACAGAGGUGAAAGUAGAAGCAGCCAAGGAGCCGAUGCCACCCGCCCAGCCAGCAGAGGUGCUAGAGCCUGAUGCCUCAAUCAUCGAGUGUCCAGUCACUGUGGACUCACCCGCGCAAGCAGCUGACAAGGUCCUGCCUGAACAGCUCGAAAAGUUGCGGCAGAAGGCGCAAGAGGCACUCUCAGAGGGCGCUGCCAGUGGGGAGCUCUGGAACCUGUUGCAGCGCCACGCAGCAUCAAAGGCCCAAGACGAGAUCCUUGAGGCCUCGCGCUCCGGGCAGCUGCUCACCGCGCUCCAAGAGCUUCGCCCGGACUUGGAGCAAAUCCGACAACACGCCGUGAACUCCUUGGUGACAGCGGCCGACUCGGGCAGGCUCUUGGAGGCCCUCCAACUGGCCAGCAAGUGCCGUGAGUUGGGGCAGAUGCGGAGGGACACCCGAGAUAUGGUGGUGGAGGCGGCUGAUGCAGGACACUUGCAUGAAGCUCUACGUUCUUGUGUUCAACAAGAAGGCGACUUGGAGACCCUGCGCCACGUCACUCGAGAGGCCAUGCUCAUGGCGGCUGAAUCAGGACACUUGGCCCAUGCCUUGGAGGUGGCGUCAGGCCGCCCUGCAGAAGAGACCCCCAAGCUUCGAGAGUUGCGGCAAAAUGCCCGCGACGCACUCUCAAAAGGUGCUUCCAGCGGACAGCUCUUGGACGUUCUCCGUCAAGGCAAAUCGCCCAGCCAUGGCAAAUCGCCUAGCCAUGCCGGUGCUGACCACGUUCCACUCCACAAACAGUACACGCCGGAGAGUUCCGUCGUGGACCUCUCGGAGGCCAGCGAUGUGGAUCAGCGUCCAAGCGUGCACACUGCGAUGGCCUCGCGAUUGAUGCAGGAGUUGAGGUUGGCACAUGACCGGGAGACCGUGGAGCAGAGGAAUUCCGACAUCAAGGAAAAGGCUCGGUACAUGCGAUUCGUUGAAUUCGGUACGAUCCAAAUCGGUCAGAGUUGGGAUGGUGAUGGAUUGGGCUUCGCCGCCGAUCUCGUGUGUUCCCCAACUGGCGAUGACAAGGAGGCGAACGGAUCGAAAGGCAUCAUGGAGGUGAAGAUUAUGCGACUCUCGGGAGAAGAGCUAACCUUGAACGUCCUGGAGGACUGCACCCUCAAAGACUUCAAGAGUUUGCUGGUAAAGCAUUCGAUUAUCGACGAGGCCCUUGGAAUGGAGCUCCUACUGGUUGGAGUUGCCAGAAUCAACCAGCAGAAACUCUCUUCGACUAUGUCACAACUGGGCGUGCGAGAUGGCUCUUGCAUCACGGUGAUCAAGCAGCGGGUUCACGACUACAGAUGCUUGGCCCAGCAAGUUUGCUCGACCCGUCAGAGUAAAGUGUCACGGUGA